AAGAUGAGAUUAUUAUUUUAUUUGAGAAAAUAAAAUUACAAAAUACUGCCAUCCGCCAUGUUUUUUAAAACGCCAAUCACAGAGUGUUACGUCAGCCCUUAGUAAAUACUGUCACUGUCACCGAAUUUAUUUCGAGUUUCGACUAUCUCUUGAGUUUUAUCAGUGUUUAAAUUGACUAAAAGUAGUAUCAUAAGAUCUAUAUCGGUCUUUUGCUUACUUACUUAAAUUUGCUUUACUAAUUAAGCCAUGGAACAAGGAUUUACUAAGGCAAACAGUUCUAAUUUGCCUCGAGUGGAUUUGUUAAUGUUGGGAGAGUUCCUGGCGUCAAACAAAGAUUUCUGUUCAGCAGAAUUCAGAAACGUGAAAACUGCAGCGUCUUCCAGGCCGUCGUACGGUGAUGAUGCCAUAAGUUAUGUCCAGUUAAAACGCGAUGGCAAUCUGUGCGUGGUGAAGUCAAAAAUCUGUCCAGAACACAAGGUCCAUGGAAAGUUAUAUGGAGUAACAUUAGUAGUUGACGAAGUCAAUGAGACAGUUGUUUCGGUGGAUUGCCACGACUGUGUUGCAUCACAAGGAGGCUGCAAACAUGCCGUGGCUUUUCUUAUGUGGGUGCAUCGCAGGAGUGAAGAACCAUCUGUUACAUCAGUUGAAUGCUACUGGAUGAAAUCCAAGCUAUCAAAAGUUGGGACUACCAUAAAAUACAUGACAGCAAAAGAUUUAUCUGAUGCUAAGCCUAGCUUGCCAUCAAAUAGUGUAGUAUUAGACAAGUUUAUCGAGGAAGGGAGGAAAAGGCAACUUCACAAUUGUGAAUUGAUCAAAUUUCAGGAAGAUUAUGUGCCUGAUAAAGUGAUUACAUUCUCCAUGCACAAACUAAUAUUAAAAUAUAAGGAAAAAUCCUGUGACAUAUUCUUGGAAAAGCUUGUAUUAACCGAUGCAGAUGUUAAACUUAUUGAAGAAAAAACAAGACAACAAAAUAAAAGUAGUGUUUGGUAUGAACUAAGGUAUGGUAGGAUUACUGCUUCACGAGCAUAUGAAUUCACCAGAUGUAAUACCAAUUCCAUAUAAUUAUCCAUAUCAUGUGGCAACUGGAAAAUGAAUAAAGUAAUCAAUAAUCAAUCGUGAAUAUAAAGUCGAUAAACAAGCUCUAUACAU